CACCGAGGCGGCAGCAGGGUUGGCAGGAGGCUGCUGAUUGGUGGAGACACUAAGCUCUCCACCAAUCACAGUUAAGGUUGGGACUGUGCCACGCGCAGCUGUGUAAAGUAAACAAGACCAUUAGAGGACUUGUGCCAUUUGACGUCAACUUGGGUUACAACAAGGCCGUCUGUCUCUGCCACAGUCCUGCCUCCAUCAACCAUGACCAGCUACGUCAAAGGUUUCUACGGAUACAUCAGACCGGGAUCUAAUGCUACUUCACCUUCCUCUCCUUCAUCAACCACAUCCAGCACCACGGAAGGCCCAAAUCCUUGUGAACCCACGUCUCCCACCACUUCUCCCAACACUAACCCAGAACAGACACCUGGCUACCUGAAGAGGGCAGUUUCAGGAGUAGCCUCAGGGCUUUAUACUGUAGGUUCAUCGACUGUGGGUGCAGGUGUAACAGGUGUCAAGUGGGUUGCAGGAACAACUUACAGUGUAGGAGCAGGUGUCGUAGGCACUGCUGGUUCUGUUGUUGCUGGAACAGCGGGCACUGUUGCAAGUGGAGCAUCAGCAGUAAUAUCAAAGGUCACUACAAAGAAGAAAGAACACUCGGACUGAUGUAUUAAUGAUAUAGAUAUCAAACUACACUUUAAUUUUUAAUUUUUUUUCUUACUAUUAAGAUAUGCUACCCAAGGGUAUUUUUGUAAGUUUGUAAUGGGCUUGUGUACAAGUGUUAUUAGUUGAACCUUUUAGUGAGUUUGAUUAUUAAAUAUUAGAAAAAAUAACAAAUGUAGUUCAUAGUAUUAAAGCCUUCAGAGAAGACUUGCUGAUAUUGUAAUAAAUGAGACAAAUGGAAAAUCUAUUACAUUAGUAGCUAAAGAUUGACAGGUGUACUGUAUUAUCUUCAAUAAUCACAUUCUUCUGAUAACUUGUAUGUGUUAAUUUGAAAUUACACACAAUUUGUGAUUUACUCUGGUAAUGUAAAUUAAUAAGGUGUAAAUACUUUGCUUAAAAUUUUAUAAUACCUAAUUAAAUAAAUCACAUUUAUAUGAAAUAAGUAUUAAAAUAUUUGGUGUAUUUGAGCUGAAGAGUGUUAAGAUAACUAACUACUCUGCACUGUGCAUGCUAUAAUGCUUUGCCAAAAUGUAAACCAUUAGCUAAAUUUACUUUUUUUUUUAUUAAGAGUGAUUGAGUAUUAUUUAAUGUGCUUGCUUAAGACAGAUGACAAGAUAUUGCACAAAUAGAUCAACUUUUAUAUUUGGUCAUCUUCCAUGACAGUUGACUUGGCUGUUUGUGAUCAUUUAUCCUUAAAAUGUAGUGGCAUGUCUGUUAAAUUUCCUUUUGCUAUCUUUAAAAUUGUUGAAAUAUAAUUGGAAUCUUUCUAAUGUUGAGUUUCCUUUCUUGAAUUCUGUAAGCAUAAGUUUCAUUCCUUGACUUAAGAAGAAAUAAACUUGACAUAGAUUUGACUGAUAAUCAAUUCUAUUAAGAUAUCAGACUUACACAUCUGCUUUUGUUUCAGAUUUUUUAUAUAUUUUAUAAUUUCAUAGAAAUAAUUGGUAAAUAUAUUUUAAGAUUAAGUGUUCAUUAAAUUUUUAUUUCACUUAAGAGCUUAGUACCUAUUGCAGAAGGGCCAGAAUAGCACCUCCACUUCAUUGUGAUAAAAUUUCCAAUUUAAUAUUUGUUGGAUAGAGAUACACUAUUUUGAUAUGAUAGAUAAUGCCUCCAAGAUGCACCAGUGGUAUUAUAUUAAAGAGAUCAGUAUUUUUGUGUAAUUAGUACUAGAUAAGAGUAUACUGUAUAUUACAAGAUUAUAAUUUUUUAAUGAUUUUCUUAAUUCUUACGCAAGCCUGUUAGGUAAAAAUUUAAUAGUUAUUAUUCCAUUGUUGCUCUUAAUGACUGUUGGCGAGGCAUUGUUACAAUGAUAGUAAGACUAAACUCAGCUUCUGAAUUUACAAAAGCUAUGCCAUAAGACUCUGUAUGCAAGUCAAGAAUGAAGAUAUCCUUAGUUACAAAGUAGGACAUAUUGCCAAUAUUUUCAGACUAGCAUGAGAGACUUGUUCUAAGAGUUUAGGGAGUUCUUACAAUAGUCUAACCUGUGAGACUAGUUUAUGUACACCUUGAUGCUACCAGUAAUAAUAAUUUAAUUAAGAAUUUAUUACUUUUUCUCUCUUAUGUUUAGCACUUGGUUAUGAAUUAUGAUACUUGAUUUUUACAUACAUAAAGGUGUGGUGUCCAGUUGGCUGUUGAUUAACACCAUAAUUAAAUUCUUGAAAAUGGCAUGUAAAUUAAAAAUUGUGCAAACUGAAAUUAAGAAUCCAUGGUUACAUUUCUCAGACCCCCAAAAGAGCUAAACAAAUUUUUUUGUUUAGGUCUUGACAUUGUCAUAAAAUUCAGGUAAUUGUAGGUGGAUGCAGUGAUGUUACACAUACUCAAUAAAAUAUUUAUGCUAUAAAAAUUA